GUAGGCUAUUAUCGACCGAGAUGGGUAGAGAGAAGAGGACCACCGGCCAUGGCGCGGCCAGAGGAGAGCAUGCCAAAGCACGGCAUCAGAGGGACCGCAAGGGGAACAUCAUGGAUUGGACCGCGCCGCUCCCUCCUGGCCUGGUAGCAAAGCCUGACAGACCACAGUGCUCAUCCAAACACAAGUCCUGGUUUGAGUUCAUCGAGAACAAGGACAAGAAGAAGAAGCUGGAGAUCGAGUUCACCGAGAAUCGCGAGCCCCCGCCAGGUUUCGAGUUCGUCCCCAUUGGCAAUCCCACCUUGACCACGGCUUGUAAAGAGCUUUCGCGAGAGCAAGGUGCCAUGAUCUUCAUCGUCACGUCUUCUAAUGGCCAAUUUUCCAAAGAGCUUAGUCGCCAUCUGAACCGUGUUGGUAUCCAUGUUCGGGAGUCCAUUGUCGAACAGGCACGCCAACAGUUGGGACAAGACUCAGAUCUGCCUACACCUGAUACGGGCGCCGGUCAACCGGAGCCCAUCCCAGAGAAACAAGAAGACAUCAACAAGCAAGCUGACGCAGCUAUAAGGGAUCUGUUUCCGCGAAUACCGAACACUGACCGCCAAAUGAUCAUUGAACACUCGUUCAACAAGGCGCGGCUACAAGAUAAAAAGGAUCCGCCGGUCGGUCUUGCUGCUCAUGUUACGCUUUCACGUCGUGUUCAGCUUGCUGUUCUUGCUCACAUCAGACAUAACCACACGAGAUAUGACAAGCUUCUAAGGGAAACAAGCUAUGUCAAUGCUAGGAAAGCGGUUGAGGGUCUCUGUCUCGACUACCUGGUCAAGUGGCGAGGAGAUGAGGAGACGGGCCGCGACCAACUUGAUGAAAUUUUGGCUGAAGUUGUCGUCAUUUCAGAUUCGGAAAGCGAAGAUGAAGACGAGGACGAGGAGGACGAUGAUGGCGAGGAUCAAUCUUCCGACGCCUCUUCAGUGGAAGAGGUCUCGCCAGAUAAGCAGACUGCGCCGGUCCGGUCCACCUUGCCUGCCUCAGCCCCGAAACCAUCCCCCCCAAUUGUCGAUUUAACCCAGCCCAGUCAUGCUCAACCAGGUCCAGCAAUUUCGCGAAGAGCAAACAAGAAGAGGGCCAAGAAGGAAGCUCGGAAGGAGAGACUGGCUGCAAAGAGAGCCGAAAAGAGGGCCGAACGUGGCUUCAACAGGUACCGAGCAGUCGGCCAGGCCUGGAGCCAGGCGGUCGAGCGUCAGCGCCUUGGGAAUGUUGAGCAUGUGCCCAGCCCUACCGCCACAGACGGCGUCGAUAGGUCAGUUCCUCAGGUUCCUCAACCGUGGCAGCCUUCUGGGCCAGAGAAUGUCCGUCCCCCGGAUCAAGGUAUAUAUUACACAAGGGAACCACUACAACAAGCGCGAUAUGUCUACGACAACAGCCCCCAACAAUCAGGGCCGGUCUAUAGCAGCGUGCAGCGGCCUAGCUUCGUUGAAGCAGCGCCACGAGUGGCCGAUCCUAAUUUUUACAGUGAACAAGAUUGGCCUAUCCAGCGCCUGUCGCUACGAAACAGCUCCAGACCUAUAGUUGGGGCUCAAGCUGCUUCUCAUGCGAGCACUGUUGUUGAACGGGUAAGACAUCAUGGCGAAGACCUCAGGGACUAUCUCGUGCCGUCCGUCGAAGAAAGAUCCCCAGAUGUUGCCAAGUUCCCGUCCGAGUUUCCUAGUCAAGAGUACAGGCCACCGCGGGAGGCCCAUAACGAUAUGUCAAGUAGGCAGGUGCAUUACACACUGAACACUCGAGAAGAGUUCAUCACGCUUCCACCGCGGAGUGACGGCAUACGAACAGCCACGGUGCCUGCUACACGCCCAGAGUCUUACAUCGUGGUCAGCUCACAACCGCGUGGUAUGACUCGAGCCUAUGCUCCAGUUGCAGGUACUGGUAACCCCCAUGACAUGCCCGUAUAUCGUGACGAUGCCCAUCUCGGUGAUUACGGACCACCCGUCAGAGCGGAUACCCAGUCCUGGAUCAGAGACGACAAUGCUCAUCCUAGGUCGGAGGCCUGUCCGAUUGUGAUUCACGAUUCUCCCAGACCAGUGAGGCAUGAGAGCGUAGUCCCGGCGCGCUUCCCUCCAGAGGCACGCCCUCCACCACUGCCUAGAAGGGAACACGAAGACGUCGACCAUUUGGGCGCUAUUUACGUUGGGGACCGUGACACGUGGCGUUCUGACCCCAGAAACGGCCAGUAUGUCGAGGAUCAACUGGGAGACUUUGCUGAGAUCGUAAGGGUGUCCAACAAGUUUCCAAAGCGUCACGGUUCCCAACCAGUACCGGUAGAUGUAGAGUUUUACGACUCUCGGCCGACCGCUCCACGAGCGCAAGAUCAUGGGCAUGCCUAUCGUGAGGGCCAGCGGAUCUAUGACUCUCAAUUAGGGCACGCAACUUAUCCGCGAAUCGAGCGCGUGAUUGGAAGGUACGAGCAACCUGCCGAAUAUCGCUCGGAGGAGGUUGUAUCAGGCAUCAAACGGUAUGCCGAUGGAUAUCCAAGUGGCAGCGCAAAGCGGCAAGAAAGAAUUCUGGGUAUAGAGUCUGAGGGACAUUUCCAUCCUGUCACUACAUACGUUCCUCUAGAUGACGACUACCGGUACCACGGACAACCUCAAGUCACACAUGCGCCACUGCGGACUUCCAUCUACCCGCCAGUUUCUGCUUAUCCGCCGCGUCACUAGCAGCGGUGUCGUACGAUAUAGUGGCAUCGUGGCAUAUGACAGAGAUCUCGUGUUGAGUCGAACAGAUGUACUGUUGAAUUUCCUACGAAACCUUGCAUGCGGGUAUAUCAG